UUGGGCCACUUGGGCAUCACGUGGCCCCUAGCAGGAUAAUGGCGGGCGGAGGGGAAGACUCACGAGCUCUCUUCCGGGCUGGGGUCCGUGCGGCUCUACAAGGUUGGCCAGCCUUGCAGAUUGCUGUGGAGAAUGGCUUCGGGGGCAUACACAGCCAGGAGAAGGCCGAGUGGCUGGGAGGUGCUGUGGAGGAGUACUUCCUCCGCAAUGCUGACUUGGAACUAGAUGAGGUGGAAGACUUCCUUGGUGAACUCAUGACCAAUGAGUUUGAUACAGUUGUGGAGGAUGGAAGUUUGCCCCAGGUGAGCCAGCAGCUGCAGACCAUGUUCCAUCACUUCCAGAGGGGUGAUGAGGCUGCACUGAGGGAGAUGGCCUCUCACAUUGCCCAAAGAAUGCACAGAGUCAGAGCCACCAUGGUUACAACAGCUAGGGAAGCCGAUGAGGAUGAAGACGACGUGGACAGUAUGGAAGAAAUGGAGGUUACAGCUAUGAAUGAUGGGACAGCAACAGAUGGGGUCUGCCCCCAACCUGAACCCUCUAAUCCAGACUCCCAGACCAUUAAGGAAGAAGAUAUAGUAGAAGAUGGCUGGACCAUUGUCCGUAGAAAGAAAUGAGUGCACUGGAAAUGGCAGAUAUAUAAGAAGAUGGAAAAGAAAAAACACCCCAGUACUGUUCCACUGUCUAUGAAGCUUCCCCUAAUGCUCUUCAUGGUGCUCCCAUGUGGGUCUGGGAUCCAAAUCCAGGUCUUUUUGCAUGGCAAGACAUGUACUCUACUGAGUGAGCUAUAUCAAGGACCUAUAUAAUCUUCACUGUUCCAGGUUGACUUCUUCAGACAGAAAAGGAUGGGGACACAUGGACACACACACACACACACGGAGGAAUACCAUGGUACUGAAGUUUCCCCUGUUCUGUGGGGGCUGAGACCUGAAACUAGGUGGUAUGGCAAAGCAGACGCCUUUCCCAGUUGAGCUAUCUUGCCAGUCUGAUAAUUAUUUAUUUAUUUAUUUAUAUUGGUAAUAGGGUUGUUCCUGGGGCUCAAUGCCUGCUUUCCCAGGUUGCUGCUUUUUUUUUUUUAUAGGACAGAGAUAAAUUGAGAGGGAAGCGGAAACAGAGAGAAACAAAGAGACACUUACAGCACUGCUUCACCACUUUUAAAGCUUCUGUGGUCCGGGAGAUGGCGCAGUGUUAAAGCUUUGGACUCUCAAGCAUGAAGCCCUGAGUUUGAUCCCCGGUAGCACAUGUACCAGAGUAAUGUCUGGUUCUUUCUCUCUCCCCUCCUGUCUUUCUCAUAAAUAAAUAAAAAAAAUCUUUUUUUUUUUUUAAAAAAAAGCUUCCUUGAGGACUGGGUGCUUGAACAUGGGUCCCUCUGCAUGGGAAUACAUGUGCUCAGGUGCUCUACUUUCCAGCCCAUAAUAAUCUUUUUUUUAAAGAAACUUUUGCCUUGGGCUAGGAGUGGCACACCAAGUUGAACAUACAUGUUACAGUACACAAGGACCAGGGUUCAAGUGCCCAGUCACCACCUGCAGGAGGGAAGCCUUGAGAGCACUGAAACCGUGCUGCAGGUGUUUCUCUUUCUCCAUCUCUGCCUCUUCUCUUAAUUUCUGUCUCUAUCCAAUAAAUAAAUAAAUAAAUAAAAGCAAGAAAUGUUUUCCUCAAGAAAAGAACAGAGGCUGUGAAGGUAGCAUAAUAGUUCUUCAAAAGACUUCAUGCCUGUGAGUUUGAUGUCCCAGGUUCAAACUCCCGCACCACCAUAAGCCAGAGCUAAAUAAUGUUCUGGUAUCUCUGUCUCUCUCCCUCCCCCCACUCUCUCUUCCUCUCUCCAUAUCUCUCUGAUUAAAAUAAAAUAAAUAAAAUAUUAAAAGAAAACAGAGAAGCAGAGGGCCUGGUGGUGGUGCACCCUGUUAAGUGCACAUAUUACCAACCACAAAGACCUAGGUUCACAAGCCCUGACUGCGCACCUGCAGAGGUCCACUUCACAAGCGGAGAAGCAUGUCUGCAGGUGUCUAUCUUUCACUCUCUCUAUUUCCCUGUCCUCUCUCAGUUUUUCUCUGUCCUAUCUAAUUAGAAGGAAAAAAGAAGAAAAAAGAAAAAUUAAAAAAUGGUCGCCCAGUGUGGUGGAUUCAUAGUGCCAGCACCAAGUUCCAGCAAUAACCCUGGUAGAAAAAUAAAGUUUUCCCAUUGUUUUCCAGUAAUGAUCUACGUGAUUGUUCUGACUGAUGCUCUCAAGAGCCUCAACAAUGCUGACAAGACAGACAAAUGCCAGGCUAGGCUCCAAAGUCAUUGUCCAGUUUCUAACUAUGAUGAUGUAACGUGGUUUCACUGGUAAAUCUGAAAUUAGUGAUGAUGACAGAACUGGGAAAAUUUCUAUGGACCGCACUGGCAGGUUAAACAAAUGCAGGGUAAUCCAACCUAGAUUUGAUUUGCAAUUCAAAGCUUUAGAUAAAAGACAAAAUAAUUUGUUCCUGUUGAUUAGGUUUUUCUGUAAUGACACCGUGUGUGUGUGUGUGUGUGUGUGUGUGUGUAAAAUUCCUCAGUGGACAAGGAAAAAGAAAAAUAAUAGUCAAUAAAUAUUGAAAUUGUGGUCUGGGAGGUGGUGCAGUGAUAAAGCUUUGGACUCUCAAGUAUGAGGUCCCGAGUUCGAUCCCUGGCAGCACAUGUGCCAGAAUGAUGUCUGGUUCUUUCUCUCUCCUCCUAUCUUUCUCAUUAAUAAAUAAAAUCUUUAAAAAUAAAUAAAUAUUGAAAUCUAUUUAAUGAUAUGCAAUCCAAAGUCAUUAGGAGUAAAGUAUAGUGAUAUCUGCAACUUUUGUUAAUACAUAUUAAGAUAUCAGAUGUAGUCUGGGAGGUAGAGCAGUGGAUAAGGCACUGGACUCUCAAGCAUGAGUUCAAUCCUGAGUUCAAUCCCCAGCAGCACAUGUACCAGAGUGAUGUCUGGUUCUUUCUCUCUUUUCAUUUCUCACAAAUAAAUAAAUA